UUUUUUUUCUUUUCUUCUUUUUCUUUUUUUUUUUUAAAUAAAUCUUUUUACUUUUGUACCGUUUCUUAUAAAACGGUUCCCCCAACCUUUCAUUAACAUAUAUUCUUGUCUACAUCUCGAAGCAAGAAUCUCAAUCCCUCAUCAUCUCAAAAACAAGACGAUCCCAACUCAAAAAAUACAAUGGGACAAUUAAUUUCUGGCUUAAAUCUCCGUCCAGGCGAUGCUCUUGUACCUGAGCUGGGUUUUGAUCUCGAGAGUGCUACACCUUCUAGUGACGAACUUCAGUUGUACAAUAAGCUUUCAUCUUUAUUAGUUAAACCGGGACCAGCUUUAUUACAUCUCUUGAAAAGCUAUGUUCCUGCCUCCGAUCUAAUUCGUGAUGCAAUUGCCAAACCUACUCCCGAGAACGAAGCUAAAGCCUGGGAGGCAGUUUCACCUACUGUAGAUAUUUUGCGUGAUAUCUAUGACUAUUCUGCCGAUCUUCAGGAAGGAUUACCUACAUUAUUGGGUGUUCUUUGUCAAGGUGAUGUUAGCAAAAAUUUAGAAAAGAAUCAAGGUUUAGCCAAAUUAUUUGCAGAACUCUUGGAUUUCGUUUUUGAAUUUGAUCAUCUCAAGAUGCAUAGCCCAACACUUCAAAACGACUUUUCAUACUAUCGACGCAUGUUACAAAGAGGACGCAGUAGUGGAAGAGACGACGACUCUUGUGUGUCUGAUUUAAGGAGUGCCAUGAUCGAAGAUGACCAAGCCAAUCGGAUUUCCCUUUUCAUUGCAUAUCCAACUCCUAUGUUAAAAUGCAUCAUCGAUACCACCACCAAAUUCGUUAAUAGCAAUCAGUUACAAAAAAGCGUAGGAGAUUGGCUCGCAGCUUUAUGGGCUACAUGUUUCAACACCGUCAGUAAAAAAAAGAAUCAAAGCCCUGCAGUAUCUGCUUUCUGUAUGAAAGUGAUGGUAGUUUCUAUUAUAUUGUACGAUCACAUUGAUCCAAAUGGUGCAUUCUAUAAACACUCUCCAAUUAAUAUUAAAAAUUCUGUCAAAAUUAUCCAAACAAUAACGAACCUCAAUGUUUCCAAGGAAUAUAGCGCCACAAACCUAUUAUCUGCUUUAAGAUAUAACUCAAAGCAUUUAAAUGAUGAUACUACACCAAAAGGCGUGAAAAACUUGGUUCUGGCCACAUAAUUCGUACUACCUAUUAAUUUCUAUUUUUACCUUUUUUAUCCCCCUCUGCCUCUAUUUUUUUUUUUAUAUACUCUUUCUUUUUUCUUUUUUUUUUAUUUACCCUUUUUUUCUUCUUUUCUUUAUUGCCGACACUUGUAUAAUUUUACCUCUUAUUCCUAAUUACUCCCAUUUCACACUAUUUUACAAACCAAAAAACCAAAAAAAAAAAAAAAAAAAAAAAAAAAAAUUAAUGAUAUAAAAAAAAAAAAAA